AUGAACACGUAUGGAAGCUCCUUGCUCUCAAGCUCUGCCGCCACUGAGGACUUUGGGGACAUACUGCGCAACCGUAGAGUUAAAUUCUUUGCGAUAAAUGCCAUCCGCGCGGAACCCAACGACUCCCACUUUGCCUGGCUCCGUUUCGUGACAAUGAACGGCACCGCGUCGCCAGGCAAGCCUCAGCCCGUGGAAGACCCUCCAACGCUCAAAUCAGAGCAGAGUGAUGUGUCCGUGCCGCAGCCAGACGAGAAAUUGUCAAAUGGUGAUUCUGUGGUCGUUCAAGCAAAUGGACACGUUCCUGAGGACACGAUCCCGGCCCCAAACGGACACGAUGCCGAAAACCACAACUCUCACGAUCACGACGGCUCCGAACGCCCAGCCAAGCGACAGCGAACCCAAGAUGCGACGCCGCCACCCAGCGCGAAAAAGCCCAAGCCAGAAUCUCCACCGUGGAAGCAGGCCGCCGCUGAUGGGCCUACAUCUUUCACUGAGGGCGGCCGCCGCAAGUCAGGGCGCAUUAAUCUACUUCCGUUGGAACUGCAGCCUCAAGGCAAAAAGCGGACAACUAGAGGCUCUCUUGGAGGACAGACCAAGACUCCUAAGAAAGAGGAACGACUGUCAUUGUCGAGGUCAUCGCGAACAGCCGCAGCAACCCCUGUCUCGCGACAAAUCCGAAAACCGUCCGUCUCACAAUCUGCUCCGAACUCCUCCUCCAGAGCACCCGCCAAAAGACAAGCGCCAACGCAGAGAACUGUGACCCGGACUCGCAGGCGCACGCCUUCACCUCCAGUCUACACACGCCAUUCCACGCGACCGAUGCGAUCGUCUAGACAUGUCAACACCGACGGCAACGAUGAACCAGACGUCAGCCAAUCGCCACGGAUCAAGCUGGGCGCUGGGCGCUCUGGAGAAAUACCAUUGGUCCACCCGGGACAAGUUCCAAAACGACCAAAGCUGGGCACCAACUUCGAGGACUUUUGGGCGCGCGCCGGUGGCCUCCCGGUCGAAGAGGGCGGCCUACAAGCUUCGGAAGAUGGUCCAUACUAUACAGACGAGCUGGCUCUCCGAGACGCACGAACGAUCUUAAGAAUCGAACAUGAAACAGAACCUGGUGGAUUGCUCGCGCCUGGCCGCUGCUCAUUAUUCGCCCCCGAAGGAGACGACGAUAUGCCCAAACAGUGGGCACGCCAAGAUCACCUGGUCAAAGCUGUAGCAAAUUUCCGAAAGCUACUUCUCGGGGAACAGCAACGCCAUAGAUUCGCCGCUAAGAAACUGGCAGAAGCCUGCCGUGAUGAAUGGAUACGAAGGCAGCCCAAGUCAACAGAGCAACUAGAAGCUGAGGCUCGAGAGUUAUGUCUUGCUCGAUAUAAGCAAGUCUUGAAAGCCAUGACCGGAACCUGGGAGAAUGUGCGCGCCUACGUCAACAAGCAGCGCCUUGAAGAAUGGGAAGCCGAGGAACAGAAGCGAGUCAAAGCCGCUCUAAACGAAGCAGUCAAUCUCUCUGAGCAGAAGCUACAAGCUCGGCAAGCUGGUCUCGACUCGGAGGCUCUGUCUGACGAAGACGGAUUCGACGACCUCAGCGACGAUAUGAGCGAUGGCAUGAAUGGCCUGGGGCAAGGUGACUCCGAUCUAGCAUCCGAUGAAGGCAGCGACGACGAUUCCGACGAAGACAGCGAUGUCAUGUCAUCCUCGGAAGACGAAGAUGGCGAUGAUGUCAAGGAUGUUGCCGACGAGGGCCUUACGCAAGAGCAGCUGCGCUCGAAAUACGCCAACAUUCCCAACUUCGACCCUGGUAGCAACGAAGAUGCUACUGACGCACCUACUGAUGCACCCAAUGAUGUUGCGACGACACAAAUCGGGGCCGAAACAACCGACGCCGGUGCCGAGACGACCGACGAAUCGAUUGAUAUGGACGAUGACAUGGGAUCAAGUGACAUGGGCGAAGCUGCUGCAAGCGAUGAAUCGGAGGAAGAAGAAUCUGAAGAUGAUGCAGGAGGCAUGCUGGGACUCUUGUUCGGUAAAUCAGAGCUCAAGCAAUUCAAGCGAGAGACUGAAAGCGAGGAACCUACAGCUGCAGUCGAUGCUGAGGAGGAACAGUCUGUCUUUGGCGACGCCCUCGAAGACGAGGACGAAGUUACUCUGAUACAACACCCAGAUUCGCUGGAGAAGAACGAGGAGCAGCCACUGGAUAAAAGCGAGACCGACGGCCUGGUAAAUGGCAAUCACAAGAAGGAGGGUGAUGCGUCAACGACACCGGCCGGCAUGGAUGCGAUGGAGGUUGACGAAAAGCCGGUCGAAUCAGCUGCUAUGGCUGAGCCCAUGCAACUCCGGGACGAAGACGAAGACGGAACGAUGGCGGAUGUUGCUGAAGAGGCUGCGGAAGAGGCUGCGGUGGAGCAGAAGCCUGUGAGCCCCGAGACGGAUGCAGUAUCGAACCCACAGACCUUGCAACCUAGCCAGUCGCCGGAUACGACCGAGACGAAAGCCUCAGAAGUGGAUUCGUCUUCUGCGCCGGUGCCAGUCAAAAAUAGAACGGAUGACGGAGGAUCAGAGUCUCCUCACAAGCCAUCGACUCACAAAAUUGAGGUGCCAUUCCUCUUACGGGGUACUUUGCGUGAGUACCAGCGGGAUGGCUUGGACUGGCUUGCCGGGCUGUACGCCAACCAUACGAAUGGUAUUCUGGCGGACGAAAUGGGCCUCGGAAAGACAAUUCAGACAAUUGCCCUUCUAGCGCAUCUGGCCGGUCAACACGAAGUUUGGGGGCCCCACUUGGUCAUUGUGCCAACCAGUGUCAUGCUUAACUGGGAAAUGGAAUUCAAGAAGUGGUGUCCUGGGUUCAAGAUUCUCGCAUACUACGGUACCCAGGACGAACGAAAGAGAAAGCGACAGGGUUGGAAUAACGACGAUGUGUGGAACGUAUGCAUUACGUCGUACCAGCUAGUGCUUCAAGAUCAACAAGUGUUUAAACGCCGUCGAUGGCAUUACAUGAUUCUGGAUGAAGCGCACAACAUCAAGAACUUCAAAUCGCAGCGGUGGCAAACGUUGCUUGGUUUCAACACACGAGCCCGAUUGCUGCUUACUGGUACGCCGCUGCAGAACAAUCUCACAGAAUUAUGGUCGCUACUCUUCUUCCUCAUGCCUGCGCAGAAUGGCGAAGGCGGUUUUGCGGACCUGCAAGAGUUUCACGAGUGGUUCCACAAGCCUGAAUCCCAGAUCCUGGAGAGUGGGCGCGAGCAGAUGGACGAGGAAGCAAAGGCAAUCAUUUCCAAGCUCCACAAGGUUUUGCGUCCCUAUCUGCUACGUCGAUUGAAAGCAGACGUUGAAAAGCAAAUGCCAGCCAAGUACGAGCACGUUGAAUUCUGUCGACUUUCAAAGCGUCAACGUGAGCUUUACGAUGGUUUCCUCUCUCGUUCCGAGACCAAAGAAACGCUGUCGUCUGGUAAUUACUUGUCCAUUAUCAACUGUCUGAUGCAGCUUCGCAAGGUGUGCAACCAUCCAGAUCUGUUCAUCGACCGGCCCAUCAUGACGUCUUUCCGCCAAGGAUGCUCAGUACCGGCAGAAUACCAAGUGGUAGAGCAGCGCGUGCAGCGCAUUUUGCUCCGUGAGAAUCGCAUGCGCAAAGUCGACCUUGGGUUUCUCAACCUGGUGCCGACGAAGCAGGAGUCACAGUCGAGUACAGCCUGUGACCGUGUUGCUCAGCUCAGCUCGUACCGCACAAUGAUCGAUAUCAAGGAAGCACAGCAUGUUCGAGCACAGCAGACGUAUUCACAACUGGACCCAUCGACGGUGCAAUCCACGGUGGGCUACCUGGAGAGCGCGUCGCGCUGGGGUAGAUUUGAGGAACUGCAGCACACUGUCUAUGUCAACGCGCUCCGACGCCAACAGAAGCCCAUCUACGGCUCUAAUCUUGUGGCAAUGCUCACGAUGGAUGCACAUAAACGACCUUACAGGCCUCGGCCCAAACUGUCUAGGUUCAUCAUGAGCUGGUUUGAAGACGAGUCGUCGCAUAUCAAAUCUCUGACGCCAGGUUUAGGUGAUCGUGCGGACGAGUACAAGCCACUUAUUGAAAAGUUUACCUGCGUCACUCCAGCAGUUGUCACGAGAGAUUUGAACCAAGUCUUGCUGGGUCGACAGACUGCCGCUCGCUUUACCGACGAGGACUUGAAGCUGUCUGCACCUGUGCGCUGGGCACCGUUCUUACCAAAAGAGGCGCCGACAGAUCCGUGGCACGAAGCAAGGAUGCGCCACACGAUUCAGUUUCCAGACAAGCGACUACUCCAGUACGAUUGUGGAAAAUUGCAAGCUCUCGACAAGCUAUUGCGCAAACUGCAAUCUGGAGGCCACCGUGCGCUCAUCUUUACGCAAAUGACAAAGGUGCUGGAUAUUUUGGAACAGUUCCUGAACAUCCAUGGCCAUAAAUACUUGAGACUGGAUGGUGCCACCAAAGUUGAGCAGCGGCAAAUUCUUACCGACCGCUUCAACAACGACCCGCGAAUUUUGUGCUUUAUCCUGUCCACCCGAUCUGGUGGUCUUGGUAUCAACUUGACCGGUGCCGACACGGUCAUCUUCUACGAUCAAGACUGGAACCCUGCAAUGGACAAGCAGUGCCAGGACCGAUGCCAUCGUAUUGGUCAGACACGAGACGUGCACAUUUACCGACUUGUCAGUGAGCACACCAUCGAAGCCAACAUCCUACGCAAGGCGUCACAGAAGCAGAUGCUUGAUGACGUCGUCAUCCAAGAAGGAGAAUUUACGACAGAUUACUUCAACAAGAUGUCCAUCAAGGAUGUGCUGGCAGACAAGGUUGACAAUACCAGCGAAGGCGUGUCCGCUGCAGAUGCUGCACUGGAUCGGGUCCUAGGAGGCCCCGACAGCAGCCGUGAUCAGCGGACCGUGGGAAGGGCACUGGAGCAAGCUGAAGAUAGAGAAGAUGUGGCGGCUGCGCGUGUGGCUGAAAAAGAGAUCCACGACGACGACGCCGACUUCACGGAAAAGGCCAGUGGCCCUGCAUCCGGCGCUUCGACAGCACGGCAAGGUACACCCUUGGACAAACCGGACGUGGUGUUUGGUGACGACGGGCAAGUCGUGGAGUUGGAGUAUAGUGCUUACGGGCAGCGCAUGGGCACGAUUGACGAAUUCAUGCUGGCGUUUAUGCGGGAAGCACUGCGGUACACGAAGCUGGAUCUGCCCAAGGACAAGAAGAAGGCUAAGAAGAAGGGCAAGGACACGCGAAAGCGAUGA